AUGUUCAGAAAUUUAUUUAAGCUCCUUUUUGGUGCUACACUGCUAGUGGCCAUAUUUAUGAUAACAAAUGCUCAGCCCGAUGUGUCUGUAAGUGUGUUGCCAGUAAGUGCGUUGCCUGUAAGUGUAUUGCCAGUAGGCUUAAAGUUCCAAAAACAGAGAUUACCGCGACCAAGUAUACCAACAUGGAGGCCAAAUAUACCAACAUGGAGACCAAAUAUACCAACAUGGAGACCCAGGCCUCCAACAAGAAGACCAACUUUCCCACCAACGAGAAGACCAACACCACCAACCAGAAGACCACCACUAAUAACGUUGAGGCCAACACCACCCACCAAAAGACCAACACCACCAACUAAACGUCCACCUACUUGGACUGUAACUAUAACCGUAACUAGGAAACCAAGAAUGGUAAAACGGGCCUUACCUCGCAAAUGUUCUAAGUCACUAAAAUGUACAGCCGCCGGUCCAGCUCUAUGCGUGCGUAGUCGAAAUAAGAAGCUCUGUCGUCGGGUGGCCAACAGGUGCGCUUUGCGGACACUCAAUUGUCAAGCGAAGCCACGUAAGAAUUGGGGUGUCACGCGACAGAAGCGCUGUGGUAAGCUGAAAGUUGGCGCGAAGGCAGAGAAAUGUAAAAACUAG